UGGCCGCUCUCCGGCCCCGUUCUGGGGGGGGGGGUCUUCCUUUACUGAAGCCCCCGGCCUAACCUGUCUCUUCCUCUUCCUCAUCCCCAGGUGGGAUCGCCACCAAGAUGCAGAUUUUCGUAAAAACCCUCACAGGGAAGACCAUCACCCUCGAGGUUGAACCGUCGGAUACAAUAGAAAAUGUAAAAGCCAAAAUCCAGGAUAAGGAAGGAAUUCCUCCUGAUCAGCAAAGACUGAUUUUUGCUGGCAAACAGUUGGAAGAUGGGCGUACUUUGUCUGACUACAACAUCCAAAAGGAGUCCACGCUUCAUCUUGUGUUGAGACUCCGUGGUGGUGCUAAGAAAAGAAAGAAGAAGUCUUACACCACUCCCAAGAAGAAUAAGCAUAAGAGAAAGAAGGUCAAACUGGCUGUCCUGAAAUACUAUAAGGUGGAUGAAAAUGGCAAAAUUAGCCGCCUUCGUCGGGAGUGCCCUUCAGAUGAAUGUGGUGCUGGGGUUUUUAUGGCCAGCCAUUUUGACAGACAUUAUUGUGGCAAAUGUUGUCUGACUUACUGUUUCAACAAACCAGAAGACAAGUAAUUGUUUAUGAGUUAAUAAAAGAAAGGAACUAACCUUUAAA